UUCCUGCAGCUGUCUCUGUUUGUUAGGAGGCUGGAGUUUCGGGUUGUUAUAUGUUGUCGUGUAGAAUCCUUAUUUCGUUUUUGUUAUAAACCCGGAAAAAGGCAUUCGGAUCUCUCUAUUUUUUCUUCUGAGUUUUCUCGUAUCUGUUGCUUCCUUUUUCUUCCAAUUUUUUUGUGGUUUCACAAGUCUUCGAAUAUCUUUUUCCCAGUGGUUUCAAUUGUAAGAAGAGAUGGCAGACAGGCACCAGCACCCAACAGUCAUGCAAAAGUUUGCUGGUCAGCUCCAUCUCAGUUCCAGUCGUUCCCAAGAUGUUCAAAGGCCUGCACUGUAUCAAAGGCAUUUUGCAUAUGGAAAUUACUCCAAUGCAGGAUUACAGUAUCCCAUGACUCAGGCGUGCCGGGCUACCAGCGAUUUGUCAUUGGUUUCUCCAGCAGCCUCACCUGUUUUUGUCCAAGCCCCAAAUGAGAAGGGCUUUGCCAGCUUCGCUACUGAUUUUCUUAUGGGUGGAGUAUCCGCUGCGGUGUCCAAAACUGCUGCUGCUCCAAUUGAGCGAGUGAAGCUCUUGAUCCAGAACCAGGAUGAGAUGAUCAAAGCUGGUCGGCUCUCUGAACCCUACAAGGGAAUUGGAGAUUGUUUUGGCCGAACAAUAAAAGAUGAGGGUUUUGGAUCAUUGUGGAGAGGGAACACAGCUAAUGUCAUCCGUUACUUCCCCACACAGGCCUUGAACUUUGCUUUCAAAGAUUACUUUAAGAAGCUCUUCAACUUCAAGAAAGACAAGGAUGGGUACUGGAAAUGGUUCGCAGGUAACUUGGCGUCUGGUGGUGCUGCUGGUGCUUCUUCCCUGCUCUUUGUCUACUCUUUGGAUUAUGCUCGAACCCGUCUUGCAAAUGAUGCAAAGGCUGCAAAGAAGGGAGGAGGAGGGAGGCAAUUCAAUGGCUUGGUCGAUGUUUACAGGAAGACUCUCCAAUCUGAUGGUAUUGCUGGCCUUUACCGUGGCUUCAACAUUUCUUGUGUAGGCAUCAUUGUCUACCGUGGUUUGUACUUUGGAAUGUAUGACUCUUUGAAGCCAGUUAUCCUGACUGGAAAGUUGCAGGAUAGUUUCUUCGCUAGCUUUGCUCUUGGUUGGGUAAUCACGAAUGGUGCUGGCCUUGCAUCCUAUCCAAUUGACACUGUCCGUAGAAGAAUGAUGAUGACAUCUGGUGAAGCCGUCAAGUAUAAGAGUUCCUUUGAUGCAUUCUCUCAAAUCCUCAAGAAUGAGGGUCCCAAAUCUCUCUUUAAGGGAGCUGGUGCAAAUAUACUCCGUGCUGUUGCUGGUGCUGGUGUGCUUGCAGGUUAUGACAAGCUGCAGGUGAUCCUCUUAGGUAAGAAGUAUGGUUCUGGUGGGGCAUAAUUAUGGUGAACGAAGAGAAUGUCCACCUCAUAUUGCAGCUAUAGAUGUUGAUGAAAAUCUUUCUGAUUUCAGUUUGAUAGGAGCCAUAUUUUCACUCACUUGAAUAAUUUAGUUUUAGGGGAGUUUUACUCCUAAAGGUUACUUCCUUCUUGAAUGAGUUUUGUUUCCAUUGUCCUUGGUUGACAAAGCGGUCUCAAUUUCACUUUGUUGGUUUUUGAUUCAUACGCAAUUAUAAUUUGCUCCCUUUCGAAUU